AUGCUGAUCCAGGUGCCGAGAGUUUGUGUCUUACAAAGUUGCAGGUUGGUGCGGCAUGGGCGCAAUUACAGGCUGGAGCUGUAUUGGACCAGGAAGACGAUUGGAGUUCGUGAGAAGAACGGAACACAAGUGUGGAGCAUGCGCUUCAGCAACAUGAAAGUCGGUGUCCUCGUGGCCAACGAGGUGGUAUCCAUCUGUGAUAGUGGCAUCAGCAUCCAUGGCGAGGACAUGGACAAUCGCAUCAGGACCUUCCGUGCAGAGCUCGAGAUGGUGAUCGGACAUGCCCUGGACCUUCUCAUGGAGGUUAUCUGUGUUGCCAUCCUACUCCUGGUGUUCAACAUGGAAUUGGACAAGACCUGGGCCUACCAGUUUGGAGAGCUGUUUGCUGGUGCUGCCAAUGUCACGGCUGCUGUGAAACUUCGUGGCAUUCCUGCGUUCAAGAUGGUAUUCAAGCAAAAGCUCUUCAUGGCUAUGCAUGGUGGCAACAGCGCGAAAAGCACCUGCCUCUGGACCUAUCCGGUGGGCUUUGGUCAUGCUCUGGCGGAUAUCCUACGAAAUAUGCAUGAAGGUACUGAAGAUGUUGGCCGAGCCUACAAGAAGAAGCGGGCCGAAGCAGGUGCCCCGACAAGUGACCUGUCCAGGGAGCCGAAGAUGGAGGAGAUGACACCAGAAGCUGUGAUGCGGCAACGAGUGGCGGCUGCUGGUUUGGAGGAGGCAAAGAACAUGUUCGCUCAGAGGCGGGUUGGAGUGCUGGUUCCUCCUCCACGUCGUGCAGCUCAGCAAGCUCCGGCUCCGCCUGCUGGAGCUGAACCAACCACGCCGGCUCGGGAUGAUGUGCGAGAUGGGGCCAAGGAGGCCAAGGAGGCCACGGAUGCUGUCGCUGGGAAAGCCCCUGUGCAGAUGAGCCCAGGCCUUGCACAGAGCCCACCUUGCAAGCGGACAAAGCUGGGCACGCUGGACGGCCAUGUUCACAUGCAUGCAUCUGGUGCAGAGGUGUUUGUGACAGCAGAUGGCCGAGUGAUGAUGAUGCCGAAGCCCAAGGAUAUGGGCCAAAGGCAGCCUGAGAUGGCUCAGCCUGGAGUGGCUUCCCAACAGCAGAAGCCAGGAGUGGCUGCAGCACCGCAGCAGCAGACGACCACGGAGAGGCCACGAGUUGUUUCUCCACCGCAGCAGCAGAUGCCAACCGAGAGACCAGGAGUGGCUGCAGCACGGCAGCAGCCAACCGAGAAGCCAGGAGUGGCUGCAGCACGGCAGCAGCAGCAGAUGCCAACCGAGAGGCCAAGAGUGGCUGCAGCACCGCAGCAGAUGCCAACCGACCUGGGGCCAGGAGUGGCUGCAGCGCCGCAACAGCAGAUGCCACAGAUGGGGCACAAAGCGCAGCAGCAAAUGCAGAUGGGACCUGGAUCUAUGCAGCAGCAGCAGCAGCAACAGCAAAUGCCACCUCAGCCUGGAGCUGUGCAGCAGCCUGCCGUGAGGCCUGCGGCUAUGCCUGCUCGGAUGGGCCUUGGAGCCAUGCAGCAGCAGCUGCCAGUGCAGAUGGGACCAGCACUGCAGCAGCAGAUGCCGGUUCAGAUGAGCCAGAUGCCGGCACAGAUGCAGCAGCAGCUGCCGGCCCAGAUGAGCCCACAGAUGCAGCAGCAGCUGCCGGCUCAGAUGAGCCCACAGAUGCAGCAGCAGAUGCCGGCUCCAAUGAGCCCACAAAUGCAGCAGCAGAUGCCGGCUCAGAUGAGGCCAGGAAUGCACCAGCAGAUGCCGGCUCACAUGAGCCCAGGAAUGCAGCAGCAGAUGCCGACUCAGGUUUUUGCUGGUUCGCCUUUGAGGACUGGUGGUGGACAGCCUCUUGGGCCCUCGUCUCCGACGCCAGUUAUGAUGAGUGGUGUUGGAAUGCAGGGUGUGAUGCCACCCCUGCCUCGCGGUGGAAAUGUGCCUGGAGGGCCCAUGCCGAUGCCUUUGCCUACGCAGCCGAUGCAAAUGGGCACGCCUGUGCUGCAGCCACCGACUGAUGCAAUGGCCAUCGAUGCGGCCUUUGCCUCCUUUGCGACGUUGGCUGGCGAGUCUGUAAUGCCACCCUCCCUGAUGGAGAAGUACAUGGACUUGAUCCGGGAGUGUGCGAGCCACAGGGCCGCGACGGAGGUGACAAAACAGCUGGCCGAGGGUCAGCUCCAGAUGGGCCAGCCGCAGCAGAGCCACUCGGCCCAGCAGGAGUGCCGUGGGGGAGGAAGUCAGGCAGCUGCCACGAGCCAGUCGGCCCAUCAGAGCCAGUUGGGCCAGGACCAUGGGGGAACCAUGAGCCAGUCGGCCCAGCAAAGCCAGUCGGCCAAUGCAGGCAGUCAAGCAGCUGCUAUGAGCCAGUCGGCCCAGCCUGAAAGCCAGUUGGGCCAUGGUGGACGUGAGGUGGCUGCCGCGCCGGUGAUCGAGGUGGAUGCCCCUGUGCAACGUGGUGCAACAGAGGGCCAAGGGCAAGUUCAGUCUAGGAAUGAUCGCACCAGCCCGGACAAGAUCAACUCGCAAACGCAUCCGGAGGCGUGGGGAGCCCUCUACAGGUAUGUGAUGGGGAAGUCAAGCAAAGGCAAGACUCCGGAAGUGCGGGCAGAGAUCCUACAGAAGUGGCAGACAGGAGGCCUCGCGAGAAACAAGCUCCUCAAGGACUUUAUCGAGAAGUGCUACCAACCUGGCAAUGCUCGCCUGGAAGCUGUGUUCAAGAUCCGCCAGAUCAGCAAAGACUGGCGCAACACUAUUAAGGGCUUCGAAUGGUUGACAGCAGAUGAGAUGAAGAAGCUGGGUUGGCCGGAGAAGAAAGUGCUCGGAGCAAUCAGCCACUGCGAGAAGAAGAAGUUGUAUAAGAAGUGCCCCUAUGAGGGCACUCGAAAGUAUCUGGUCCAAGUUUCGGACCGGGUGGAGCACGGCUCAGAACGACUUCGUGAACUGGAGGAAAUGAUGGAAGAUUGUGGCACGUUCAACGAGAACUUCGACAUGUCCCUUGGUAUCGGUGACUUGCUCGAGGAAGACGACGAGCAGUCAGCUGAUCCCGGAUCUAAGAAGCCAAAGCCGACUGGAUCUUUGCCACGUUUGGAAGGGGAAGAAAGUGUCACUGAUUAUUUAAGCAAAUUCAAAAAAGCAUGUCUCAGCAUAAAGAAAGAGCACCGUGACGUGCUCGACAAGUUGGUGGAUGACAAGGUGUCGGGCCACGAGUCCAAGAAAGACUUCAAUGACAUCACGGACAAGGUCAAGGAUGCCCUGCUUCGUUUCACGAACAGCUUGAAUGCAUGCAAGCCUGGUGUUCGGGUCGUUGAGAAUGUCCUGAAGACCUACAUCGACCACAAUGCUGCUGCAGCUUCCACCAUCGCAUUCGAUAAUGCGCAGACAGUGGAAGAAGGGGAUCCAUGGAAGAGCACAUUUGUCCAGUUGGGAUUGGCGCACAAUUCCACGAGUGACAAGGAGAGUGUGUUUCUGGGCAAUGUGCAGGCCCUCGGCUUCAUGCUACAAUGCCCGGUGAGCAUGAAGACUGUGCAAUUCCCAACGGGCCCGAAAGCUCACCCUGUUCUUUCGAUGAAAGCUUUGGCGACAGAGAUUUUGCGAGACUAUCCGAGAUUGCUCUUUUUUGGCCAUGAAUAUACAGAUUUGAAGCGAGUUGAAAAUACAUUGGCAGACUUCUGGGAACGCUUCCGUCACACGUGGCCUGACCAUGAUAUUUAUAUUACUCACCACAACAACUUGUCGCGAUGCAUUCCAAUCAGAGUACAUGCCGAUGAAGGAACAUCUUUCCGGCGAGCUGCAAUUUAUCAGCAGAGUUGGGGCCCCGUUCUGAAAGCAGGGGCAGCGAGUUUUUUGCAUUGCUUCUUUUACACGGCAAUGUUGGCUGAUGAGUACAAGGACGACAAUGCUGGGUAUGCUGCAGGCAACAAAACGUUGGACAGCCUGAUGAAGCACUUCGUGCAAGAUGCCAAGGAAUGCUACAUGAAUGGUGUCCCUUCAAGAAAUGGGAAGUUCUUCCUGGUGUUAAUCCGUUUGGAAGGAGAUCUGCCGGCGCAGGGCAAGCUAACCCAUUCAGCUCGCAACUAUACCAAUGAUCCGAACCCCAUGUGCCCAUGGUGUUUGGCGGAUGGCAAGGAGGUACCAUUCGGGGAUUUCCGCAGGACUGCGAGAUGGCGAGAAACUCUUGAUUGCGAGCCUCCGUGGGGGUCAUCGAGUCCUCUGCAUGAUCUGCCAGGAGGUGAAGAUGUAAGGUUUAUAUCCAGGGAUUUGUUCCAUAUCUCCCAUCUGGGUAUAGCCCGGACGUGCGUUGCAUCUGUGAUAUGCUACCUGGUUGCAAUGGGGCAUUUCCAGCCACGUGACAGUGGUACAUCGGUGCCGGCAUGCUUGCAGGAGGCAUACAAGGACUUCGCCCACUUUUGCAAAUGGGUCCUGGGCGAAACACCGGAUAUCAAAACUUUCUCAAGGGCGAAUCUGCAGUGGACUUCUUUGGCCAAAAUGCCUGAGAGUUCGAUGAAAGGCUCGGAUGUGCGUCUGGUGACAAGAUGGUUGGCUGACUACCUGUGCAGGCCCUGGCUUUUGGAUGCUACCCUCGAGAAUGUGUACCGUGCAGUCACAGCAUUGGAUGAUUUCCACCGGCUCUGUUAUGUGGACACUGACAGAGUCUGGAUGAAUGCUGUGCAGAUGCGCCAAGCUCGGAGGCAUGCAGGCAUAUUCUUGUCUGCGUAUGCGACGGCAGCUGGGACGUGCCAUUCUGAAGGCAAGCUCUUCUUUAAUAUCACACCGAAAUAUCAUUACUUCCUCCACAUCGAGCAUGAAUUGCGGAUAUCAAUGGGCCAGGAAUGGGGCUUUAAUCCUGCGUGCUGGGCAACGCAGAUGGACGAGGACUACAUGGGUGUCUCCAGUCGGAUGAGCCGUGCUACUCACCCCUUAGGUGCUGCCAAAAGAACUGCGCAGAGGUGGCUUAUCCACUCGUGGUUGAAGUGGAAAGACUGGAAGUUUCACAUGUGA